AUGGUGUCAUUCUUUGGAUUGAAGCUUGGAAGUGAUAGAAAAAAGGCGCAAAGCAAACAAGCCCAAGGCAAGGCACCGCCGAAAUGGAAUCGCUUUGAUCGGAACGCUCUUGGCGAGGGUCAAUACUUGGAGAAGGACCUCUCGCCACCGCAAUUCCCAUCCUCAACUUCAAGACCCGGCACCGCAAAUUCGACUCGAAGCAUGUCCAAUUGGCGAGCUGUAUUCAAAAAUCCGGCAAUGACUUCGUCCUUGAUCGACCUGGCACCGCCUAAACGACCGCCAAGUACGGGGAGCUUGCGCCAUGCUGCUUCACAUGUGAACCUUCGACCAGGCAUGGCUUUGCCGACUGCCUUGGGGGGCAAUGGACUUCGACCCGGAACACCUAGUAGACCAUCAGGAGCCAAAAAGGCAGGCUGGGUGAAUCCCUUGGACGUUCACUUUUGCAAGAACCCCGCCAAUACUCAUCCAGGCACGCCCCUAGGACGCAAUCCUGUUGUGACGGGCCCCGUUGCUCUAGGUUCCCCGAAUAAUCCAACGGGCCAGUUUGAUUUCGGGCAACAUACCGAUGGACAGGAAACUAGCAAGAAUACCAACAAACAUGUUCCAUCGGCUACGGCGCACAGUCGCAAGUCGGAUGAAGAAUUUGUAGCAUCAAACCAGUAUCCGUCACCGCCGCCGUCAGACACCGGUUCUGAGGGGGCACUCUCACCCAUGAAUUUGCCCGCCCUCGACAACCAUUCGCCGACCAGGAAACGAGAUGCCGCCAGUUCUCCGGGGAAUGUGGAUAUGCCGGAGCCGACAUCUCCGCCCAGUCCAAUGCCACUUGUCCAACCGACAAGUCCUGACCGUCUCGGAGGCCCAAUUGUUCGAAAUUCGCCGGCACGGCGAGAUACGUUUGCCUUUCAUCAACCUCGUAGACAAAGUUUUACAAAGGAGUUUGAGGAAGUCCACAGAGCAACAAUGAUGCAUCCGCCAAAGGAAGGAUUCAGCGGCAACUUUGCAGAUUUCGAUUUUGGCGAAAGCGUCAUCAGGACCACCAGUACCAUGAGCGAGACGGAGGGAGACCCAAGCUUUGAGGCUGCAAGACGGCCGAGUACGUCACCCGAGGCCACCAAGGAGUCGGGUCGUGGACUGGCACCAACAGCUUCAGAACCCAUACCAUCUUCGUCACUGAAACAGACUGAAAGAGAAGAGUCAAGGCGGCCGGCUCCCACUUAUACCCCAGAAGGCCAGGCCACAAACGUGAUUGAUCAAUUACCGAGGUCUCCUAGAGACCGCGCCUUGCGGACAUUGGGCCCUCCGCCAGCCGCCGCUGGUGCAUACAGAGCACAUAGUAAUGGGACUGGUAUGGGUUUUCCGCAGGGCUUCAAAUCUCGUUUCGACUCGGAGAAGUGGUCGCGAGCUACACCUCCGAGACCACUGCAGCCUGUCCUGCCCCCUUCUGUAAUACAUGAUGUUGAAACCGCAGCCAUGAGGUCUUUCGGCCCGGCACCCGAUUCAGGAAUCGGUUAUACGAGCAGAGAACCGACACCGAGGCAGACUGAGAAAUUGCCUAGUAGCCCCUUCUCCAGACCACCGAUGGAAGGAAAUUUUCCCAUGUCCAAGGGAUUGCCACGAGGCCGACGACCAGGACCACCGCCACCACGACCGUCAUCUUCCGAUGAUGAUAAUGCGUUACCAUUUCCGAUGUGGUCGGAUUUUGACAUGUCGGAGCCUCGUCGAUCUGCCAUGCCCGCGCCUCUGACGCCUAGUCGUCCAAGCCCCAGCCAGGAUCCUAGAUCUGGCCUAUCUACCUCAACAUCUGCCGCAUCUCCACGCAUUCCUAGUCCAACAUUUCCAUCGUUGGCCAAAUCUAUUUCCAACUCUAGCGACUCAUUCGGCAAAUCAAUCGACAUGGACAACAACGAACCUCUCGGUUCCACCACUCUGGGCGGGUUCCCAUCUCUUGAUGGACGGCCAAGUACAAGCGGAGGAACAAGCUCCAUACGAGUUGAGGCGAAAAAGGCACCACCACGACCAGCGCCGGUUACUCUACCUCCUUCGUCGAACAAGGGUAUCCACGCAGGUUUAAGGUCGCCGGUUUUGACAGAGUCCCUUGGAACUUUUAUCUGA